AUGGGAAGCAAGGGCACUGUAACGUGGCUCGACAAGCUCGAGGAGCAGCUCAACGUCGACGUCGACUGGAUGGACCCCGAGUACAUCAAGAACAUGCCCAUCGUCCCCCACGACCAAACGAGCAACCAGCUUUGGGUUGACAUCCAGCUCGGCGACGCGUCCAACAGGGACAUGUUCCUCGAAACCGCGAAGGAGCUGAAGAACGAGGGCUGGCUGGCCAUCUACACCCGCAUGGCCGUCCUCAUGUGCAAGAAGAACAUCAACUCCAUCCGCGGCCGCGUCCUGCUGCAGACGCUCCCCUCCAACGCGUACAAGACCCAGGAGACCCUCGACCACGCCCGCCUGUACGACAGAGAGUUCGCGCGCGCCGGCAUCGGCCGCGACAGGUACUGCAUCAAGAUCCCCUCGACCGGGCCCGCCCUCAACGCCGCCAAGAUCCUGUCCUCGGAGGGGAUCCCGACGCUCGGCACGGCGCUCUUCAGUCUGCCCCAGGCCAUCGCCUGCAGCCAGGCCGGCAUGCUGUACAUCAGCCCGUACUACAAUGAGGUGCGCGCCCACGACGAACCGGACACCCUCUGGCCGAAUGUGGAGGACCCGGCCACGCAACACCCCAUGUCGGCACGCAUCGUCCAGAUCAUCGACACCUACAAGCGCCUCUACAAGGAGACCGGCAAGGAACAGCCCCUCGUCAAGAACGCCAGCUUCAUCUCGGCCAAGGAGGCGAUGGCGGCCGGGGAGAUGGGCUGUCACUCGGCGACCAUCUCGCACACCGUCCUGGACCAGCUGGCGAAGCUCGAGUACGACGGGACGAAGCAGCCCGGGGAGGGCGCGCCGAAGCCCGUCCACGCGUACAAGAACGCCGGACCGACCCCCGAGCGGCUGAAGAAGCUGGCCAACGUCGACCCCUUGGCCGCCGCCGAGUGGGACGGCAAGCUGGCGAGCACGGAUAUCGACUAUCUGGCCGACGGGGGCGUGGAGCUGCAGAAGGCCAUUCAGGCUGAUCCCAUUUCGACGACGCGUCUGGCGGAUGCCCUGAAGCUCUUCAUCGGCGGCGAGGAGAGGAGCAAGGCGAAGGUGGAGGAGGUCCUGAAGCAGAUCUAG